GCAGUAGAAAGGAAACAGUCAGAGAGGAAUGGAGCAAACACAGCCUUCUCUGCCAUUGGGGUGGGAGGAGAGGUGGCAGAGAGAUAAGGAGAAGCGGAGGAGUGCGAUGGAGGAGGGGGGGAGGAGAAUAGAGGAGGAAGAGAGGAAGCUGAGGUGGAUAGUGGCGUAUAACAGCCGUAGGAUGGGAGCAAAGGUGAGGAGUGAGGAAGACCAGGAUAGCGAGGAAGAUGAGGAUGAUGAAGAGCAGCCAUACCACAGGCACAGCCACCCCAGCGAGCUCUUCCUCUCCCUGGAGGCGCUGCAGGGCUCCGCCCUCCUCACUGACCUCACCCUGAGCACCGCAGCGGGGGGGGCACUGCACACGCACUCCCCCGUCAUGGCCUCCGUCUCCACGCUCAUCCGGCAGAGUCUACAGGAGCGGGACAGAGAGGGAGAGGCCACAGCUCACACACAGCUCCCACACACACACACACACACACAGCUCCCACACACACACACAGACACACAGCGCCCACACCUGCACACACACACACAGCUCCCACACACACACACACACACACAGCUCCCACACACACACACACACACACAGCUCCCACACACAGAGCUCUCCGUUUGUCUCAGUGGGGAUGUGGAGCAGGAAGGGCUGGCCGCGGUCGUCGAGUUUGCCUACACCGGCGCCAUCGCUGGGCUGAACCCCUGCUCCGCUUCACGGGUUCGAGCAGCCGCCGUUGCUUUGGGUGCCCACAGAGUCCUGCAGCUGUGCACUGAGGAAGAGGAGGAGGGGCCGGAGGGAGGAGGGAGGGAGGACGAGAGGAAGAGGAGGGUGUUGGAGGUGAGCCUGGACUGCAUCAGGCAGCUGUGGGUGGAGCAGGUGGGCUGUGAUGUGGAGCUACAGGUGGAGGGCAAGACUUUCCCUGCCCACAGGGUGCUCCUGGCGGCCUGCAGUGAGUACUUCCGGGGCAUGUUCUGCAGUGGGAUGAGGGAGUCCCGGCAGGACCAGGUGGAGCUAAGGGCCCUGGAGGGGGCGGGGUUUGGGGAGCUGCUGAGCUGCUGCUACACGGGGCAGCUAUGCCUGGGGUGGGACAGCGUAUUUGAGAAGGCCUCCACAGCCCUGCAGCUGCAGCUGCGCCCGGCGCUGCCGCUCUGUCUGCACUUCCUGCGCAGUCACCUGGACGCCCGCUCAUGCCUGGACGUAGCCGCCUUCGCCGAGGCUUAUGGGAUACAUGACCUGCAGGAGGAGGCCGAUGACUUCCUCCUCAGCCGCUUCCAGGAAGUAGCGGUCACGCCCAAGUUCCUGGACCUCCCGGUGGACCGUGUGCUGGCGGUGCUGGGCAGCGAUGCGCUCUGCACUCCUUCGGAGCUGACCGUGUUCCGCGCCGCGGUUGCCUGGCUGCAGGCUGACCCCGCCCGCCUGGCCCGGGCCGCAGAGGUGAUGGCCGCCGUCCGCUUCCCGCUCAUGACCUUCCGGGAGUUCCGAGAGGUGCGGGCCGUGGAGCUGCAGAUAGAGGUGGGCGGGGCCAGCGGGUCAGAGGGGGUGGAGCUCUACGGAGCCUCGUUCUCCAGGUUUGGGUUCGCAUCCUCAGAUUCACGGGAGGUUUGCAGGGUGAGGUGUCCCAGGCAGACUCUGGUCCUGGUUGGGGGGGACUGGCUGGACCCCGAUUCGGGCCAGAGGCGGCCCAGCCGGCAGCUGUGGUUUGCCCACGCCCUGCGCAAUCACAUCGGCCUGGUCAAGGACGUGGAAUGGAGGCUUCUGGGAGAAAUGCCCGACCCGCCCCGGUUUCGGCAUGGCCUGGGGGUUCUAGGGGGCCAGCUGUAUGUGUUCGGAGGCUGCCACUUCUAUGCCAAGUCUGACACCCUAAAAUCUGCCUACAGGUACAACCCUGUGCAGGACAGGUGGCAGAGACUUGCUGACAUGCAGGAGAACAGGAGCAACUUCUCAUUGGUGGAGAGAGAGGGGCGUUUCUAUGCCAUUGGAGGGGACAGAGACAUCAACAACAACAUGGACAGUGUGGCCUGCUACUGCCCCAACACUGACUGCUGGAGGUAGGGUGGGGUAGUAGAGUUUAUGUGUGGGGUAGUAGAGUUAAUGGGUGGGGUUAUAGAGUUAAUGUGUGGGGUAGUAGAGUUUAGGGGUGAGGUAGUAGAGUUUAUAGGUGGCCCUGGGGGUGUUGACAUGUGAAGAAACUGUAGAAUUUUAUCUAACAAAUCAAACGUGUCUCAGUGUCCUAAUGGCUGACAUAAUCCCCUC